AUGUCUCCCGUCAAAUCACUCAGAGAGCUCUCCAUCAUGGCGAUCUUCCAGAACAUCCGCCAGGUCGACAACAUCGGCUAUCUCAGCUAUGAAACCGUCCGCUCUAUCCUCUUGAGGGUUGAGAGCGCCGCCCAGCUCCGACAGAUUGAGCUGAACUCGCCACAGAUCCAGGGCCAGACGGCCGAGCUAUGGGUCAGGCUCAUUGAGCGCGACUUUCCCCUCGAAUCCAGGAACAGGGCGUAUCAGCCCAAGGACCCCAAGAACUGGUACAGAGUCUGGGAGAAGUACAAGGUCGAGCAGGAGAAGUUCUUGGAAGAGAGCGAGAACAGGCUCAAGUCCGCCCUCAACAGCCUCAGGCAAGAAGAGGAGAAGAAGACGAGCAAAAUUAUCGAACUCGGCGCCAUUCCCAGCUCGAAGAAGGGUGCCAUCAAGCGCCCUCACGCUAGAACCUCCAACACCCUCUCGUUCGGUGGUGGCAGUCGCACCAAGACUGCCAACGGCGCGAGCGUCAUGCGCAAGGUGCGCCGCGAGGCCAAGGAGAUUGCCCAAAUCCACGGCACCCUUUCCCGGCCCAUCAGGACGCCGCCUGCACGCUCCGCCGUCACCAAGGCCCCAGAGGCCAUGGUCAACGACCACAAAAGGGCUGCCCUGCCACCAUAUCGC